UCAUCUUGAUAAUUUUUGUUUCCAAUUUUUGAUGAGAAUUUAUUUUGAUUUGAUUUUUUUUUAUCACAAUUUAACUAAUUGUUCAUUUAAUUACAAUUAAUUUUUAUGACUACUGAUUUUACAUCAACAGGGUGAUAUGAAACUCCUCAAGCCCGUUUGGGUUAAUCAUGACGGUCAACCCAUAUUCUCUGUUGAUAUUCAUCCGGAUGGGACAAAGUUUGCUACUGGUGGACAAGGUGGUGAUGCUGGGCGAGUAUGUUUAUGGAAUUUUGGACCUGUCAUCAAUGAAGAAUUGGAGAAAAAAGAAUCAGUGCCUAAAUUGUUGUGUCAAAUGGACAAUCACUUAGCUUGUGUCAAUGUUGUCAGGUGGUCUCAAUCUGGUAAAUAUUUGGCAUCGGCUGGAGAUGAUGAAACCAUCAUGAUUUGGCAAAUCUCUAAGUAUUUGGGAUCAUCAGCGACUUCAAUCUUUCGAGGAUCUGCUAAUGUUGAACAAUGGAGAUGUAUUGCCACUCUUCGUGGACACUCUGGUGAUAUUCUUGAUCUCAAUUGGUCACCUUCAGAUGAAUAUAUUGCUUCCGGUUCAGUUGAUAAUAAUGUUAUCGUUUGGAAUGCUCGUAAAUUUCCUGAAAUAGUUACCAGAUUAAAUGGACACAAUGGUUUUGUCAAAGGAGUCAGUUGGGAUCCCAUUGGUAAAUACGUUGCCUCACAAUCUGAUGAUAAAUCAGUUAAAAUUUGGCGAACCAAAGAUUGGAAAGAAGAGAAAACUGUUAGUGAACCAUUUCGUGAGUGUGGUGGUACAACUCAUGUACUUCGAUUGAAUUGGUCACCUGAUGGUCAAUUUUUAGUCUCAGCUCAUGCAAUGAAUAACCGAGGAUCAACAGCUCAAAUCAUUGAAAGAGAAGGAUGGAGAGCACAAAAAGAUUUUGUUGGUCAUCGUAAAGCGGUUGCCUGUGUUCGAUUUAAUCCAAAUAUACUCACCGAAGAUUCAAAUUUUUAUACAUUAAUCGCCUUAGGAAGUCGUGAUAAAUCAGUUUCUGUUUGGAGUACAAAAAAUAGACGACCCACCUUAGUGAUUCAUGAUCUUUUCCAAAGUUCUGUCCUUGAUUUAACUUGGAGUAAAGAUGGUUAUUCACUUCUUGGUUGUUCUAGAGAUGGGACAGUGGCAUUUAUACAAUUUGAACCAGGAGAAAUUGGUAAAACGGCAUCGGAAGAAGCCAAAAUGGCUUAUUUUCAAAAAUUAUAUGGCAAAAGCUUACAAUCAUCAUCCAAAGAGACUCUGCUUAUUGAAGAUCCAGAGAUUCUAAAAGUGCGAGAAGAACAACUGAAGAAGAAGGAGCAAGAAAAGUUGAAACAGCAAACAUCUAGUUCGUCUAAUAAUAACAAUAACAACAAUAAUAAUAGUAAAGAGCAAAAUUUGAAUAAUUGUUCUGGUAUCUCGAUUGUGCAAAAUGGUAACAAUGAUUUACAUAAAUCUGGUCUAAAUCUUAGUGAUAUAAAUAAUAUUAACAAAGGUCCGACUGAUAAACAAAUAGAGACUCGAAUGCCAAAUGGUCGUAAAAGGAUUACACCGAUAUUUAUUCCACCUCCAAAUGAUUGCGAUGGAGCACCAAUGCCAUUUAACGCUAGUGCAACAACAUUCUCAACAACCGAACCCGAUGUGGCCUCACUAUUAUCAUCUUUAAAGUCAGAUCAAAGGGCAGACUCAAAUAUUUCAUCAACUCCUAAACAAAGUCCAGAGAAACAGGAGCAACCCGAACAACAGAAACCAUCACAACAACAACAACAACAAGUACAAUCAACACCAGUAAUCAGUAAUCAACAAACACCAAAAUUAUCUGGAGUCUCACCUGUUACACCAGGAUCGAUACUUUCACCAAUAGAAGCACCAAUAGUCUCUCUCACGGAUUCAAUACAAAAUAAAACUCAAAACACAUCAAAUGGUGAUAAUAAUAACAAUGAGACACCUCUCUCAUUAACUUCAUCAUCUUCAACGUCCAAAAAUCCUUCCGAGUCAACCGAAAAGCGACCUGCCACACCAAACGAAAGUAUUUCACCAAACUCUUCCGCUAAGAAGAUUAAAUUAUCUACAACCACUACAGUACCACAAUCAACAAAAACAUUGAAUAACAAAUCAGCUGAUCAACCAACAGUUAAACAAGCCAACGGGCCAACACGACCACCUGCUGUACAUUUGAUUCAGAAACUUAUGCCCAACGAUAAAAAGAAACCAAAUCGUCAAAAUUUCAGUAAUAUUACCAAAACACCAACUUCAUCCAUCCAAGUUGUUCGAGUUGAAGAUCGAAACGAGAAAUCAUCAACAACGACAACAACAUCAGCACCUCGAUCAGAGGUUAGAGGAUCAAUUAUGUUACCAAGUUUAAAGAUUGAUAAAAAUUCAACAAUCAGUGUUAAAGUUUUGGAUGAAAACGGUUUAUCAAAAUUUUUAAGUAUCGAAAUUGAAAAUAACAUUAGCAAUUCAUCACUUUCAAUUGUUCGGGUUUUGAACCAAGAGAAUGAAAAAGUUUGGGAAAUGAUUUUAUCGUCAAAAAUUUGUGGUAUCUCAGCUUGUCCCAAUCUAGUCGCAGUGGCCUGUUCUGAUUUAACUCUAUCAGUUUUUAGUACCACAACGGGUAGACGGCUUCAUACACCGAUUACUCUUGACUCAUUGGCGAGUAAAUUAAAUUGUUAUAAACAUUAUCUAUUAGCAGUAACAUGUAAAGCAUCAGCUUGGCUCUGGGAUUUUGAAAAACAUUCAGUGGUUGUCAAAAAUGAAUCUCUUCAACCAAUCUUGUCAUCUAGUACAACAGUUGUAAACACUGGAAUCACUGAUUCAGGAUCACCGGUAAUCACAAUUUCUUCCGGUAAAUCAUAUGUUUUCGACCUUUCCUUUGGUAGUUGGUCACUAGUGUCCAAUGAUAAUGAUCUACUCAACUUUUUCUCUGACUAUAAGCAAAUGUGGAAACCUGAGACCAAUUCUUAUCCAUUAGCAAUUCUUCAGUCACAAAACAGUUUAAUUAAAAAGAGUCAUAAUGUUUUCCUGUCCAAUUCAAAUCUCCAAAAAACUGGAACUUUAAGUUUCAUUGAUCAACAAUUAUCUUCAGCUUUUAUUCUUGGCUCAUCUAAGGAAUAUCGUCAUUGGCUAAUCACUUUAGCCCAAUUUUUAACUGAACAAGGGAUUGAACUUCGUCUCCGAGAAUUGUGUCAAUUUCUUCUUGGUCCACCAUUUUCCUCGUCUGAAAGUAAUUGGGAUUCAAGCAUUUUAGGAAAUGAGAAACACUCACUUUUACGAGAGAUUCUGGCGAUCAUCACAACUAAUUUAAAGUUACAGAGGAUUUACACGGAGUUUAAACAACAACUUGAUCUCAUCUCAUCAUUUUCAUCUUCAUCCUCGUCAUUUUCAUCAUUUUCAUGAUGCUCAACUGCUCUUUCUCUAUAACUAAUCAUUAUGAUCAACCUCGGAUCGUUUUGGAUUUGUAAAUAAUUUUGUAAAAAGUAAUUGUAAUCACAACAAUCACGCUCUCUCUUUCUUUCUUUCAGUUCGCCGGUUUUUUUUUUCAUUCACCUUUAAUCUCACCAAAUUGUGAGAAUAUGAUUUAAAUUAAUUGCUAAUCAACUUUACCCUCUCUUCAACCGUCAAUUAUUUCCUUUUCCUAUUUCCAACUAAGAAAAUAUUUUUUUAGAAAUCAAAGUCAAUUUAAAUGUAAUAAUCAAACUUUUUUUCCCUUUAUCAUAAAAAUCAACUUUUUCAACACAAAACAAACCAAAA